AUGGGCGCAUCAGGCAGUAAGGCUACAAGUGUGGCUCUUGACUCGCAUCAAAGCCCUCCAACGCCUGUGCCUCCUGCGCCUAGUGCUGCUGAUGGUCGUGUUGGAAUAGCAGCAGCACCACCAACAACACCAUCAGCAGUAGCAGCACCAGCGGCAGCAGAGGCAGCAGCAGCGGCAGAUGCAGCAGCGGUGGCAGCAGCAGCGCGGGAGCAGCGGUUGCGGGCAGCGGAGUUGGAGGCGAGGGCGCGCGUGCUGAGCAGCAAGGUGCGGUGUGUGGAGUGCGGGCACCAGAGCAUCGAAGAAUCCAAUGCUGACGUGGCCGUCUUUAUGCGCAAGAUGAUUCGGGACGAGCUGAGGGCGGGGCGGCAGGAGGGGGAGAUACUGGAGGCCCUAAAGGGCGAGUAUGGCGAUUCCGUAGUCUACUCACCGCCCUUCCACGGCGCCUCUGCUGCUCUAUGGCUCACGCCGGUUUUUGUGUUCGCAGCAGCAGCCGCAUCCGCUGUGCGUCGCAGACCAGUGGCAGCAGGCACAGCAGCGCACUCAGCUGCCCGCCAUGCCCAUGCCCACGCGAUGCCGCGCAGAGCAGUGCGACCCAAGCAG